AAUGCUAUUUAUGUUAGGUAGCUGGCUAAGGCUAUCCAACACUGCAGCUCUUCCAAGUAAAGGAAAGCAUUUAUAAAUGUAUUGCCACCGGGCCCGCCAGUGUAACUGAUAAACUGCUUGCUGUACACUAUACUGUAUGAUUGUAUUACAACAACAGUUGUGACUUUAAUAAGCAGCCUGAGGUAAUGAUACCACAGUAAGGUGCUCAAUUACAAUGGGGGAAGUUGACUCAGGUUCGUAGAGAGAUCGAGAAUUUCGAGACAAGGGAAGAAAGAAUGCUUCCUGUUUUGUUCAAAAAUUGUAAUGUGCAGUACAGAGCGCCUCGGCCUCAUCAACAGAAGAUGAAUGACGUAUAUGCCGUGGUCAACAAGUCCAAACAGCUCCCGCCACCAGCCUCUUCCACCCCCCCUCUGGCCGCUCUCCAUUACUAUGACAACGAAGAGCUGGGCGUCCCAAAAUGCCACGUCGGUGCUCUUUACAGCAUGGUCAAGAGCAGGUGUCCACCAGCCAAACCGCCACCAGCUGUCGCACCCAUUUAUGACACAGCCGGACUAGCCAAUCACAGGCUAGCUGAGGCCUCGGCAGUGGAGGACCAGAGUGGCUAUGAGCUGGUCGCAGCUGAGCGUUAUUCCUCGACAGAAGAUGACUAUGAAUAUGUCUCAAAUCCCAUCAAAUGCAUGACCAACAGCUGCACUCCUGGUAGCAUGGAGUUCAACUUUCGCAUUAAAAAACCCAAAGGGCCUCGGGAUCCCCCGGCAGAAUGGAGUCGUGCGGAGAGAUGACACGGCAGCCAUAUACCAGGCCUGGCCACAUCUUUACUCAUUCAUGUUUGACAAGCAAUGGGAAUGGGCUCUAUUUAUUUUUACUUGCUGUGAACAUCUACUGUAUGUGAUCACUAAAAUACAGUUAUCUAUCUUUUGUAACCUUUUUGAGUUCGUAUAUUUUUCAGAUCUUGUGAUUUAUAUUACUAAUGAAAGAACUAUAUUAAACAACUUUCAAUUCUGAGACAAGUAUUGGUUUUGAAUACCAUUUACCGAUUGAAGUGUAAUUGUAGUAACCAACAGAUGGCACUAUAGUAACAGGAGAGAAUUCGUUUUUUUCAUUAUUCACGUUUCAGGUAUUGUAAAAUGUGUUUUCACAGGUAGACUCAUGCUUUAUUGCUUUGAUGUCUACUAAUUGCUGGUAACAAGGACUUACAAUAAAGACAACAAUUUCUUCAA